GAGCGCCCUACCGAGCACAUCUGCCCCAUCAGUCUUCAGCGCAUGAUUGAGCCAGUAAUUGCGGCCGACGGUCGCACGUACGAGCGCACUGCGAUCCAGGAGUGGUUCUUCAGAGGCCGUCUUGACAGCCCGUGCACACGCGAGCAGAUGCCACACCGCGAGCUCGUGCCGAAUCAUGCCCUGCGUGUGCUCAUCCGCGAUUGGGCGCAG